GGUUAAGAUCUGCAGGCGCGGACUGAUAUAUGAACUACAAGUCCCAGGAAAGUCGCUCAGCAGUGACGUCACCCGCGCGCCCGGUGAUCACAGUCGGCGGAGCCAUGGCGGAUGUUAUGAAUGUUGGGGUGAAUUUGGAAGCGUUUUCUCAGGCUAUAAACGCCAUUCAGGCGCUGCGCUCCAGUGUCACCAGGGUGUUCGACUCUCUGAAAGAUGGGAUGAAGAAUAAAGACACGCUGGAGGGACGAGAGAAAGCUUUUAUCUCUGAGUUUCAGGAUCAUCUGCAGUCAGUCAACCGGGACCUAACUGAAUUAGAGCGACUCAGUAAUCUGGUUGGAAGACCUUCAGAGAGCCAUCCGUUACACAACAGCGGGCUGCUCAGCCUGGACCCGGUGCAGGACAAAACCCCCCUGUACAGCCAGCUGCUCCAGGCCUACAAAUGGUCCAACAAGUUGCAGUACCACGCCGGCCUGGCCUCCAGCCUCCUAAACCAGCAGUCCCUCAAGCGCUCGGCCAAUCAGAUCGGAGCAUCGGCGAAGAGGAGGCCGAAGGUCCAGCCCAGCACCCUUGUUCUGCCCAUCCAGUAUGUCGAUGACGUGAUCACCAGAAUUGGCCGGAUGUUUCCAGACAUGUCCAUCGAACUGUUUCGGCCCAACGGAACGUCGGCUGUGCUUCUGGUUACACUGGGGAAGGUGCUAAAAGCCAUCGUGGUGAUGAGGAGCUUGUUCAUCGACCGUACCAUCGUCAGGGGAUACCAUGAAAAUGUCUAUUCUGAAGAUGGAAAGCUGGAUAUCUGGUCCAAGUCCAACUACCAGGUCUUUCAGAAGGUGACGGAUCAUGCCACCACGGCUCUUCUGCACUAUCAGCUUCCUCAGAUGCCGGAUGUAGUGGUGCGCUCCUUCAUGACGUGGCUCAGGAGUUACAUCAAACUGUUCCAGACUCCGUGUCAGCGCUGUGGCAAGUUCCUGCAAGACGGCCUCCCGCCCACAUGGAGGGACUUCCGUACCUUAGAGGCUUUUCACGACACGUGCAGACAGUGAAUCAGAGCCGCACUGAGGGGGACGGGUGGAAAUACAGCCGAGAUAACUGACCAGAGGACCUGCUGAACCUCCAUCAACACCUGGAGACGGGAAAUCAUCAAAAUCAUAAAUAUUAUUUCAUGAUAUAAACUGGUAUUCAGAUACUCUUACACUAUACAGGUGCAUCUAAGUUCAAAGUUAUCAAAGUUAAUCAAAGUUAUUUUAUUUCAGUAAUUCAGAUUGUCAAAAUGUGAAACUCAUAUAUUAUAUAGAUGUAUUAAACACAGAGUGAUCUAUUUUAAGUCUUUAUUUAUUUUAUUGUUGAUGAUUAUGAAGCUU